AUGAUGUAUCCGCGUACAUACAAAGCGUGCGAACGAGCGAUUAUGUUGAGCCGAGAGGAAAAGUUCACCGACAACGCGGCGGUCACCACGUGCCCGGGGGGUGACUCGAACGACUUUGAAGCUUUCCGAUCUUCAACUAGGAAUCAGAGCUUUGCUCGCAAGAGGUUCUCAUCUUCACGUUCUCGUUAUCCGCCUUCCUCAAAUUCCACUUACCGAACGAGAGGACGUGAUGGUAGUUUAGUGGUGCUCAAAAAGGCCAGGUACUCUCCGGAAAUACCAAUUCGAAAACGAAAGCGACGUGCCGCCGCAACGAAUAGUCCAAAUUCACAGCAAUUUAUCACCGAUGAGGAACAUCAUCAAAAAGAUUUAGAUGAAAGCUCCGAUGAAGAUUCGCUUGCUUUGACGCGGCGCCGUAUGGCGUUCACUGAUGAAUCGAUCCUCAAUCAGACUGCGGGCGAAUCUUCAGCAGAAGAUAGCAAUGAGGAAAUGGAAUCGGAAAAGAGCGAAGAUUUGAGCAAUGAGCCACAGAAAUAUGAAGAAACCGAUUAUGAACGACAAUUUAAACGUGCAAUUCGUCUAUAUCGUUAUAUGGCUCUACCGGAUGGAAGCAAUUAUCAGCGACCAGUCUAUAGACCAUUCUUGAAACGCAAUUUAUCAUAUAUGAGACGAAGUGCUAUCUCCUCAACGUUACAGUCAGUUGUGAAUGGCAAUGGUGGAGAUGCAACAAGCAGAAGUACAAGUGAAGAUGGCCGAGGAGAGAACGUCGUGUUCCGAAAGAAAGCAUCUUCUUCAUCACAUCAUCGUUCGGUUGAUGGUGGUGGUGCGUCAUCGUCGAUUCGUUCACGUUUAAAGACAACUGCCACAGCUUCACAUUUGCGAUCCAUAGAGCAAAAACGUGCAAAUAUCAAAUCGGUUUUGAGUAGUCUGCAUAAGAAAGUGGUGGUGGAUUCCCGGAAUGUGGCAACGUCAUCAUAUGGCUCUUCAUCAGCAUCACCAUCCAAGAAAGAAGAUUGUCAUAAAAAUGAAAUGGUUAUGAUGAAGCGAUGCAGUAGCAGCAGUAAUGCUGUCGCUGCGAGCACGGCAUCGUCGCCAGUGAAAGGCGAUCAGUUGAAUACAACACCCCCCAUCAAAGCGGCCAGUAGCACUUCGAUGAAACAACAACAAACCUGCUCGGAUCCUACAACGAUCGCACACGACACGUUCGAUUUCGAGAAGCAGUUCAACAAUAGCAGUAAACAUGCAAAUUGUUCACAUUCCAAUACAUCGCUGUUACGUUUCGUUGAUGUUCGAAAUAAUGACUUACCCGGAACUCGUCAUGCGAUGAUAACGGUUUAUUUGUGUAGUGAAGUGGAUGGAAAGUUCGAUGAAAUUAUACGUGUACCAUCGGCAACCGUGCAAAUGCCAGUGAAUAAUCGCAGUACGCCGGUUAAUAUCGACUUGCCGCAUGGCUUGGGUUGUCCUCUUGAUUUCACUGGAAAAGAAAGAAAUGAUUAUGUGAUAAUUCGAGUAACGUUUUCCGAUGAGGAAGAUGCGCGUGUGUUCGGCGGUAGAACCUUACGCGGCGUUCCAUCAAGACAAGCAAGUAAAGCUGAAGUUAAGACAACGCGUCGAAGUUCGGCAGCCGCUGAGAGUGCACAGUCGAAGAAACGAAAUAGCGGAAGCGAGGAGUCGACAUCGGCAGUUUAUGGAGCGCGUUGUAUUUGUUCGUUGGGUAAUACGAAACAUUCUUCGGGAAUUAUUUAUGGCGAUGGUAGUAUCAACCUUGUACCCGAAGCAAUGUUAGGUAUAACAGAAAAUUGGCGACGAGAUGGUUCAUUGGCGAAAAAAAUAGUCGACCUUGGCAAGAAGGUGCAUGAGAGUCCAUUUGUGCAUAUGUCAAUCAUGCAAGAUUGUGGUGCUGAGACGAGUUCAUCGGAAGAGGACGAUGACGAUGAUGAUGAGGAGGACGACGAGACGAAAACUUAUUCAAGUGAUGAUGAAUCGACAUCGUGCAUUACAGCAAAUGCAACGACAAGUAAACAAAUAGCACUGGAUAAGUCGAAGAGUCGUUCCUAUUUACAAAAGCUUCGUCGUUUCGGUAAUGGAAGUGUGGGUGCAGGUGGAGGGCACCUGAGCAGUUCGGAUAAUAAUAGUACUACUAGUAAUAAUCACAAUCAUGCUCAUAAUAAUAAUGAUAGUAGUUAUCGUGAUCUGUUCACGCCUCAUCCGUCAGUCAAAAACGCUCUUUCAGCAGCAGCAAAUGGUGGUCAAGAUACGACUUUCGAUGAUUAUAUGAGAGCACGAUCAAAACACGAAAUGUCGUUACAGUUCCCGAAACAAAUAUGUUAUCGUUUCGUAAUGAUGUAUAACGAUCAACCGAACACGACGUUUCCUGAAAAUAAGUUGCGAUUCGUUCCCGACGAUCCACCUUACCUAAAUGCUUUCGUCAAUAAUUCAUCAGAAGAUAAUUCUUGUUCUAACGCGACCGUUGCCGAUAAUAUUAAUAGUAACAGCAAUAGCAGUAACAGUAAUAAUUCUUCCAUGCAGACCGAUAAAACCUACUCAUCAUCAAAAAACAUAAUAUCCUCUGAUCGACAGUUGUGCAGAAGAGCAAACGCAUCAGCAGCAGCAACAACAACACAACCAGUACAACUGGCGUCUUUCGUGCUUCCCCUCAAAGAGGUUUCAUCAUCGGACUAUUUGAAUCGACAUGAACGUGAGAAGAGUAUCAAUGCUGCCAAGUCAUCAGUGAAAGCUACGGUCACCAGCAAUCCUGUUGUGCUGUUGACCCCAUUGACACCCCCUUUGAACCUCAGUUCUCCGACUGGCAAAACGUUGAACUCAAUCCAUUCUUCACCCGAUUCACAUACGGUGAAAACUCGUCGAAAUACACCGACAGCUUGGGGCAGUUCUCCUCUUCAAAGAUGCACUAGUAAUAGUAAUAUUCAUUAUAAUAGUAGUAACGAUAAUAAUAAUCUUCAUCAAACAACAGCAGCCACAAAAUUACCAGUAAAUAUUCAUACGAAAUCGACUGUAACUUCAUCUGCUGCAAAUCGAACAGCUUAUUCAGGCCAGCAGUCGAAGCAUAAUCAAUCGUAUCCUCAUAAUUAUAAUCAUAAUCAUCAAACAGUAUUGCUCAAUGCUGUUGAUCAUCUACACCAACAACCAUCAACUAAUCUGUCACACGUUGGUGAAAAAGUGAAAUUGGACAUACCCAGACGUGACUCACCACUUCCUGAUGUUAUUGAUGCUUAUGCGGAGCAUUUUGAACGAUGUUCAACUGUUAGUGGUGCCGCUGCAGGUGUUGGUUAUGAGCGUGUUACUGGAACUUGUAAUGAUAGUGAUAUGAUUAUUGCAAACACGACGACAACAACAACAAGCUCAACACCAAAUAAUGAUAACACGCAAUCAGCAGCAAAUUCGGUAACGACCACGAUGCAACGUCAAGAAAAGCAACAACUCAGAGACGGGGGUUUCUCCGAGAGAAUAUCAUCAGAUGGUCAAGGUGUAAUCACGCGAUUACUUUCACCGUCCAAUAAAUGUCUGUUUUGUUUGGGCACCUUCCCGGAUAUGUUCGCGUUGCUGAUGCAUCUACGAACUUCAUAUCCUCGACUUGAUAUUGUCUAUCGCGGUGAUAUACGAUUAUCAGCUGCAGCCAAUAGCAGUGCACCAGUUUAUAUUGAUGUUUUUCUUCGUGAACAUUUUGACGGAUCGUUUGAGGGUAAUCUACUUCGACAGUAUGUGGGUUGUUGUCGCAAUCGUAUCAUUCCACAACGUUGCCAACCAACUGAUCGACUCACUUACAUUGUUUACAAAACUGAAGCAAGAUUUAUUCGACAUAUGCCUAAAGAUUUGAGUAUAUUUUUCACACAAUCCGAUCGUGAGAAACGAGCGCUACGUGGUAAUAAUGCGGCAUAUUUCGGUUUCCGAAGUCGUCAUCCGUUAAUGAGUUCAUCACAAGUUCAAGCGAAGCAAUUAGAUCAAGAAUGGAUGAGACAAAUGAUAAACAGGCAAAUCGAAGAUUUUGUGGAUUUAUCGAGACCAGAGAAAGAAUUUAUGAAGUUAUGGAAUCUUUUCAUUCUAAAUCCUAACAAUCGUCCAUUCGGCUGGUGUCACAUGUAUCGUACAUGUCGUUUGUUUUUGGACGAACAUCGUGACGAGUUGUUGAAGAAGGGUUUGCGUGGUGCGUGGAUGUACCAUUUGGCAGCGUUCAAUGAAACAGACGCGCUGGAUACCGAGGAAACGUACGAUUUGACACAACGUUUGAAUGCCGAUUAUGAUCCGACACGUGAUAAAUGCCAUAUUGUUUCGAGACGAACCGCGGCACGGGCGGCAACUGUAUGCGAUGGCGCUGAUCCAUCACCAUCAGUAUCGUCAUCGUGUUCAUCGAUGCCGUCCACAAACCAACAACUGCUUGCUGCAGCGGCAAUGAAGCGUAAACCACCCGCUUGGCAGAGAGCGCCUAUUCCCGGACCGAAAUCGUCGAUCCUUCGAAGUGCUUCGGCCACUUCACGCCUUUCUUCAGCCGGUGGACAGAGCUCAGAUAAUGAAGAGAUUUUCAAGAAGUUUCACGACGAAACAUCGAUGGGUCGUGACGAACGACGUUGUAGUAGUUGCUCAACGGACGAUGUAACGAAUAGGUACAAUCCAGUUGUGAGACGAAAUCGUGAAGGGGAUUUAGCGAAAUUCGUGCAAAAAACAAUGCGCAUUGGGCCCGAUCAGUCAAUGCUAGCCGCUUCAUCAAAGUGGCUGUUAGCAUCUGAAGAGGAUAUUUUGACGAGUUGA